CUAAAGGUAUUUAAAUACAUCCGAGUGAGGAUGAAAGUCCCAGAUCCCAACACCUCAGAAUAUUCUCCACAUGGGCCAACUAGUCAUUUAAAUCAGUAAGAUAAACGGUCCCCCUUGUUAUGCAACAAGAUCAUCUCCAUUCAGCUGGGGAUCAGCAAAAAUAGCAGAUGUGUUCAGUGGGCCUAAGGAUCAAAGCAGCUUUAAAGAAGUUCUCUGGUUACAGCAUCAAUAUAAAGAGGUUUAUUAUCAUCAUUAAUGAGAAACAGUGAGGCAAUUCGUGGAAAGGUUCCUAAUUUUUAGAGGGACUUGUUUCAAGCAUUAUUUUUUAAAAUGUUUAUAUAUAAUUUGGAUGGAAGUGAUAGUAAAGGAGGACAGAAAUACAUUUGAUUUCUGGUUGAAGACCACAAGACUCAGUUCCUCUUGGUAUAACAGCAUUGGUUUGUGAGGUGUAUGUAACCACUUGUUUCUCUACAUCUGCAGGACUGAAGCAUGUGAAUCAGAAAUCUCAGCCUUGGAGGAUGGCUACAGUUUCUCUGGGCCUGCUGUGUGUUGUCUUACUGAUUACAGUCAUAAGCCUCUCUGUGCACUAUGAUGAACAGUAUUACGCACUGUCCAGACUCCAGACUUCAUACAACAACCUGACUGAGGAGAAAUUCCAGCUGCAGAGAACAGUUUCAGAGCAGGAGAAGAAGAUAUCCGAGCUUGGACCCUGUCCUGAUGGUUGGAGGAGACUCAGAUGUAGCUGUUAUUACUUCUCUAAUAACAGUAAAACUUGGAGUGAGAGCAGACAAGACUGCAGAGAGAGAGGAGCAGACCUGUUGAUCAUAAACAGCAGAGAGGAACAGCAUUUUCUAAACACAUUGGGGGAAAAAAUGCAUUUCUGGAUUGGUCUGACUGACUCAGAGAAGGAAGGGAUCUGGAAAUGGGUAGAUGGAACAACACCAACACCAACCACAACACAGUUCUGGAGAAAAGGAGAGCCAAAUAAUGCCCAGGAGGGUGAGAACUGUGCAGUCUUCAACAGCUUCAGCGAUAACCUGGGAAUUAUACAAUCAUGGAAUGACCAGCCUUGCUCAUUGCUUACCCAUUGGGUAUGCAACUACACACCUAACGUGUCGUCCUAAUAGGCCUACACAUCGCGAUGGCAUCUGCCCACAGGAGAAUAUCUGAAUUCCAUUGUUACAAAACUAAGCAUCUCCUACAAAUUCAUGCUGACAAGUCCUGGCAGGAAAACAGAUGACCCAUAACACAUGUAAAAAAAAAAAGUCCCGCUAAUUAGCUAACGAUUAAAAUUAACGAAAGCUAACUUUGAAUCUACGUCAGACGUUAAUUCUUCAAAUCGGCUGUUUUGGCAUAUGUUUCAGAUAAUCUGAACUCCCUUUUGAAUUUGCAAAAGCGUUUAGAUUUCUUUUUCGACAUAAAGGUUAAUUUCUCCUGCAUUUCAUUAGUAGCACAAAUUGUAGAGACAAUUAAAAUGAAUCUUGACAAAACAUUACAGUUAACUAUGACUAACGUGCGCCCUCUACUGACUAGAAAGGCAUAUAGAAGGUCAAAGCGCAGAACAUUACAGUAGUAGCUAGAAUUACUUCAGAUUGCUUAAGAGAAUUGAUUGUGUUGUAAUAUGAGAAUGCAACUAAAUUGGAAGCUGAUGCAACAUGUAGGUUCAGUCAUAAUCUAUCCAUACAACAAGACAGCUGCUUUAAACUGAUAAUGUCUUUGUCAGAUGGAAUGAUUUGACAAAUAAACAUUUUAGAAGCUAAGAGAUCAGCCAUCUUUUCAUUUAUUGUAUCGUGCAAACUGACAAUAAAAGUAUUAAUCAUU